AUGGCAUUGACAGAGGGUAUCUCCGAACUGCUUCUGUCCAAGCCCGUCGUCCUCGGUCUGGCAGCAUGCGCUCUGCUCUUCCUCAUCGGGCGGGCAUUCGAGCCAACCGUUGACGCCCUGGAGCCGCCAAUGCUUAGGCCUAGCAUCCCCAUCUUUGGCCAUUUCUACAGCAUGAUGAAGGACCAGGAAGCGUUUUUCAAACGUCUCGACAAGAAAUAUCACAUGCCCAUCGCAACUGUUCCCAUUUUAAAGUAUAAAAUGUACGCGAUAACAGACCCAAUUUUAGUCCAGUCGGCAUAUUGCAACAAGAACCUCUCCUUUACACCCUUUGCCAUAAACGGCGCCCAAAAGGUAACUGGCUUUGACGAUGACUAUCAUAAAGUGCUUAUGGAGACAAAUGUCUUGCCUGAAUACUUCAAAAGCCUCUAUGAUGGAACUACUGCCCAGCACAUUCAUCAACUGAACGUCACCUCCCUCAAGCACGUUUCACAGCACAUCAAUAGCAUCCAAGAAAAUGGAAUGACCAUUGAUAAUACAUAUCUCUGGUUGCGCAAUCUCAUGACCGUCGCUACAUCUUACCUGUUCUUCCACAUCUUCAACUCCAAGACACUGCAGCGUACAAAGGAGGCACGACGAAGAAUACAGCUGGCUCUCGGAAAAUGGUGCACCAACAUGAGGCAAGAUGACGAGCGAGUCUCUGCGUAUAUCAGAAACCGAGUUGGCAUUCUUCGAAACUACGGUGUCGAAGGGCAAAAGCUUGGCGAUAUUGAGGUCGGCCUUAUUCAUGUCCCAACCUCAAACUCCAUUCCGACUCUGUUCUGGUUCUUCAUGCAUGUUUUCACACGGCCCGAUGUGGUCGAACAGAUGCGCGCCGAGGUUGAGCACAUCGUGCAGCGUGGUCCAGAUGAAACAGUUACCGUCAACAUAGACGACAUCCUCGAAAGGUGUCCUCUUAUGAUAAGCGCAUAUCGCGAGGCCAGCCGCCUCUGCAACGGAUUCACCUGUAACCGAAUCGUCAUGGAAGAGACGACCAUCACAGACAGACAUGGUCGCUCGUAUCUUCUCAAGAAAGGCUCUAGCGUGAAGAUGCCCGCAGGAGUGAUGCAUGCCUCGCAGGAGGUCUGGGGCGAAGACGCAGCGGUGUUUCGCGCUGAUAGAUUCCUGGACAAGGGCCUGACGAGUGAACAAGCCAAGCUAAGACGUGCCGCCCUGACUCCUUUCGGUGGAGGCGCUCAUAUGUGUCCCGGGCGGAACUUUGCUACUGCAGAGAUCUACGGCUUUAUGACUGCGCUCCUGCUUGGCUACAACGUGGAACCCGUGGAUGGGAAAUGGGAUGCGUUUAAGCCACCUCCAAUGGCGACGUGUCCCCAGUCAACUUCUGUGUGCAAGCCAGAGGAUGAGGCUUCGGUAUGCGGUACUCGCUUGAUUAGACGAAGCGGAUGGGAGGGAGCCCAGUGGAAAUUUGUAUCUGGUAAAGUGACAGAGUAA